UUUCAGGAGAAGCUGCCCGCCUGCGAGAUCUUCUCUUCGCUGUCCGGAGCAGAGAAAAUUUCCCUCAUGUACAAUGGCAUCUAUGUAAUUUCAUACGAAUCACGCGGUUAGUUUCGGAACUCAUUUAGUACCAUCUAAGACUCGCUUCCUGAAGAAGUUUCCAGUGGGCGAGAUCUCCUCUCUGCUGUCCUAACCAGGGGAAAAUUAGGAUCGAGUUCGAACGAGGUGUUUUCAGGAGAGAUUUCAUGGCAGUUCCUGUCGAAGAAGCCAUUGCAGCUCUAUCGACAUUUUCACUCGAGGAUGAUCAGCCGGAUGUGCAAGGCCUAGCUGUUUUGCUAUCAACUGAAAGACAUGCCACUAACAGCCCAAUUGAGUAUAGUGAUGUUGCUGCAUACCGCCUGUCUCUAGCGGAAGACACAAAAGCUAUCAAUCAGCUGAACACCCUGAUACAAGAAGGGAAGGAGAUGGCUUCUGUGCUUUAUACAUAUCGCAGCUGUGUCAAAGCUCUUCCUCAGCUGCCUGAGUCUAUGAAACAAAGCCAAGCAGACUUGUACUUGGAGACCUACCAAGUUCUGGACUUGGAGAUGAGUCGUCUGCGUGAAAUUCAGCGGUGGCAAGCAUCAGCUGCUUCCAAACUAGCCGCUGACAUGCAGCGAUUUUCCAGGCCUGAAAGGCGAAUUAAUGGCCCUACAAUAACUCAUCUUUGGUCCAUGUUGAAGUUGCUUGAUGUUCUGGUGGAACUUGAUCACCUUAAAAAUGCAAAAGCAAGCAUACCCAAUGAUUUUUCUUGGUAUAAGAGGACAUUUACUCAAGUCAGUGCACAGUGGCAGGACACUGAUUCAAUGAGGGAGGAGUUGGAUGAUUUACAGAUUUUCUUAAGCACAAGAUGGGCUAUUUUACUGAACUUGCAUGUUGAGAUGUUCCGUGUUAACAACGUAGAAGACGUUCUUCAAGUUCUCAUAGUAUUUUGUGUCGAGUCUCUGGAGUUAGACUUUGCACUUCUGUUUCCAGAGCGUCACACCCUUCUUCGAGUUUUGCCUGUUCUUGUUGUUUUGGCAACAUCCUCAGAGAAAGAUGGGGAGUCACUUUAUAAGAGAGUGAAAAUCAACCGCCUGAUCAAUAUAUUCAAGAACGAUCCUGUUAUUCCUGCAUUCCCAGAUCUUCACCUUUCACCUGCUGCAAUUUUGAAAGAGCUGUCAAUGUACUUCCAAAAGUUUUCGAGCCAAACCCGUCUUCUAACUCUACCAGCACCGCAUGAGAUCCCAGUUCGCGAGACACAUGAAUAUCCUUUGCAGUUUCCUAGGCAUUAUUUGAUCAUAAAUCACAUUGGAGCUAUUCGUGCUGAGCAUGAUGAUUUCGCCAUUCGUUUUGCUUCAGCCAUGAAUCAGAUUGUAUUAUUGAAGUCAACAGAUGGUGCUGAUAUUGAGUGGGGCAAGGAAGCUAAGGGAAACAUGUAUGAUAUGGUCGUUGAAGGCUUUCAACUUCUUAGCAGAUGGACUGGUCGUGUUUGGGAACAAUGUGCAUGGAAAUUCUCUCGCCCCUGCAAAGAUGCAAUUCCUUUAGAAUCACAUGAGACUCCAACAUCGUUUUUUGACUAUGAAAAGGUAGUUCGUUGGAACUAUACUGCAGAGGAAAGGAAGGCACUAGUAGAACUUGUGAGUUACAUAAAGGGCAUCGGUUCAAUGAUGCAACGAUGUGACACAUUAGUGGCAGAUGCUUUAUGGGAAACAAUCCAUGCUGAGGUCCAAGAUUUUGUCCAGAACAAAUUAGCCACCAUGAUGCGAACAACUUUCCGGAAGAAGAAAGACCUCUCAAGGAUUCUUUCAGAUAUGCGAACGCUUUCAGCUGAUUGGAUGGCUAAUACGAGCAAGCCUGAACCUGAGUUGCAUUCAUUACCACAUGGAGGUGAAGAAAGCAGGGGAAAUUCUUUUUAUCCGAGGCCAGUUGCGCCGACAGCUGCUCAGGUGCAUUGCCUGCAAUUUCUGAUCUAUGAGCUGGUUUCUGGUGGUAAUUUGAGGAAACCAGGCGGGCUGUUUGGAAAUAGUAGCUCAGAGAUUUCUAUUAACGACCUCAAGCAGUUGGAAACAUUCUUUUACAAGCUGAGCUUUUUCCUUCAUAUUCUGGACUACACAGUGACAAUAGGGACACUAACUGAUAUUGGUUUCCUCUGGUUUAGAGAAUUUUAUUUGGAGUCUUCUCGAGUUAUCCAGUUUCCCAUUGAAUGUUCUCUUCCCUGGAUGCUAGUGGAUCAUGUAAUUGAGUCCCAAGAUGGAGGUCUGCUUGAAAGUGUUUUGAUGCCAUUUGAUAUCUACAAUGAUUCUGCACAGCAUGCACUAGUUGUGCUGAAGCAACGUUUUCUGUAUGAUGAAAUUGAAGCUGAGGUAGAUCUUUGUUUCGAUCAGCUUGUUUUCAUGUUAAGCGAGAAUAUAUUUACAUACUAUAAAAGCCGGGCAGCAAGUGAGCUACUUGAUCCAUCAUUCCUCUUUGCUUUGGACAACGGUGACAAAUAUUCUGUUCAACCUGCACGAUUCAACGCAAUAUUCAAAAUGAGGAGAGUUAAGUUGUUAGGAAGGACGAUUGAUUUUCGGAACCUAAUCACUCAAAGAAUGAACAAAGUAUUCAGGGAGAACAUUGAUUUUCUGUUUGACCGUUUUGAGUCUCAGGAUUUAUGUGCUGUUGUGGAAUUACAGCAGCUCUUGGAAAUCUUGAGGCUCACCCAUCAAGUACUCUCCGAACAUCUUUCAAUAGAUUCGUUCACUCUCAUGCUGAAUGAGAUGCAAGAGAACAUAUCUCUUAUUUCAUAUUCUAGUCGACUCUCUUCUCAGAUUUGGACAGAGAUGCAGAAUGACUUCUUGCCAAACUUUAUCCUUUGCAAUACCACUCAGCGCUUUAUACGCUCUUCCAAAGUACCCCGCCAUCCGGUUCAGAAGCCAACGGUUCCUUUUGCCAAGCCUAGUUUCUAUUGUGGCUCUCCGGAACUGAAUAUGGCAUAUCAAAGUUUUGCACGUUUACAUAGUGGAUUCUUUGGAAUACCUCACAUGUUUGCCAUUGUGAAACUUCUGCAAUCUAGGUCAAUUCCUUGGCUUAUUCGAGCUCUAUUGGAUCAUAUAUCAAGCAAGAUAACAUCACUUGAACCAAAGAUUACAGGAUUACAGGAAGCAUUGCCAAAAUCUAUCGGACUGCUUCCGUUCGAUGGAGGUGUUGCAGGUUGUCAAAAGUUUGUUCAAGAACACCUGAACUGGGGAUCAAAAUCAGAACUGAAAGCAGAGAUUAUUCAUGACCUAAAGGAAAUUGGUAGUAUAUUAUAUUGGAUGGGGUUACUUGAUAUUGUAAUGAGAGAAGUUGAGACUACACAAUUCAUGCAAAUUGCCCCAUGGUUGGGAUUGACUCCUGGAACUGACGAGCAAGUGCAACAAACUCAAGAUGCCAAAGAUAGUCCCAUUGUCAACCUAUUCAAAUCUGCAACUUCUGCACUUGGGUCCAACGCUCAAUAUCGAAAUCCAUCACCUUUCUUCACCAUGUCAAAACAAGCAGAAGCUGCUGAUCUAUUGUACAAAACCAACAUGCAUACAGGAAGUGUGCUGGAGUACACUCUUGCUUUUACUAGUGCUGCAUUGGAUAGAUGCCGUAGCAAAUGGAGUGCAGUGCCAAAGACGGGGUUCAUUGACAUUACAACUUCAAAGGACUUCUAUCGUGUUUUUAGUGGCCUUCAAUUUGGAUAUUUGGAGGAGUCCGUUCAAGAUCCAUCAAACAAUCGUGAAUCUUUUGGUGAUUCAGUAGCCUGGGGUGGCUGUACAAUAAUAUACUUGCUUGGUCAGCAGCUGCACUUUGAGCUCUUUGAUUUUUCUUAUCAACUCCUCAAUGUUGCCGAAGCAGAAAGUGCAACAAUUACCCAAACUUUACCAUCAGACCGUACAAGGAAUGCUAAUUAUGUGCAGGGAAGCGAGAACCUAUUGGAAGCCAUGAAGAAAGCAAGAAGGUUGAACAACCAUGUGUUCUCGAUGUUGAAAGCAUGUUGCCCUCUUGAGGACAAGAUAGCGUGUGCGAUCAAGCAAAGUGGCGCCCCACUGCAUCGAGUGAAGUAUGAAAAUACAGUCUCUGCAUUUGAAACAUUGCCACAGAAAGGUGCCUGAGCCACUCCUUUUUUCACUAAUAUUUCCCCUCUAUAUUUUUUCUUCUUUUUGUGUAAUGCUCCAGAUUCUGUAGUCAACUUUCUUAGUGAAUAUUAGUGCAGCAGUCAGACACUGAGAGCCUUAAGUGGGUGUGGUAUAUAUCAAACAGGGUCAUGUGCUCUUGUAAUUGUGUGCUUUUGUAAUGUAAUAUAGUGCAAUUUCUCCUCA